CGGAGCAGUGUCAUUGAGUCUUUCAGCGAGCGAGGGAGGACUCUGUCACUGAGAUAGAUGUUUAUCACUAUAGUACACAACUCGUCAUGGCUCAUCAGGUCAGAAAUAUUUUGCUGUGUGUCCGUUGUUCUUCGAUUCUGAAACAUAGUGAUUUCUUUAAGUUGAAACAAAGAGGUCUGCAUAUUACAGCUCAUGAUACUCGUCGGCGUGUCGUUGUCACUGGCAUUGGUAUAGUGUCACCUCUAGGGGUGGGCACACAGUUGGUUUGGAAAUGUCUUACCCAAGGCCACAGUGGAAUAAUUGGUUUGAAUGGGAAGGGAUAUGAGAAUAUUCCUUGCAGAGUUGCAGCUUGUGUUCCUCGGGGUAGUGCUGAAGGGCAGUUCAAUGACGAAAACUAUGUUUUAAGGUCGGAUAUAAAAGCUAUGUCGCCUGCCACCAUUAUGGCCCUGGGCGCAGCUGAAGAAGCAAUUGCUGACUCAGGAUGGAAACCAGAGAAUGAAGAGGAACAAGAGUCUACGGGUGUGGCCAUUGGAAUGGGAAUGGUUCCUCUUGAGUAUAUUACAGAGACUGCUAUCUUGUUGAAAACCAAAGGAUAUAACAAAGUCAGCCCUUUUUUUGUUCCCAGGAUCUUAGUUAAUAUGGCAGCAGGUCAUAUCAGUAUCAAAUACAAACUGAAAGGGCCCAAUCAUGCUGUAUCCACAGCUUGUACUACUGGUUGCCAUGCCAUUGGUGACUCCUUUAGAUUUAUUUCUUAUGGAGAUGCAGAUAUCAUGGUUGCAGGAGGAACAGAGGCUUGCAUUAGCCCUUUAUCUCUUGCAGGAUUUGCAAGAGCCAGGGCAUUAAGUACUGGUUACAAUUCAAGUCCUCAGCUGGCAUGCCGACCGUUCCAUCCUGAGCGUGAAGGAUUUGUAAUGGGAGAAGGUGCUGCUGUGCUGGUGCUAGAGGAGUAUGAGCAUGCUUUAUCCAGAAAUGCCAAGAUUUAUGCGGAAGUUUUAGGUUAUGGAUUGUCCGGGGAUGCGUGUCACAUAACCGCUCCAAGCUCCGAUGGUGAUGGCGCUUUCAGGUGCAUGAAAGCUGCAAUAAAGGAUUCCGGGAUAAAGCCUGAGGACGUCUCGUAUAUCAAUGCUCAUGCUACCUCCACGUCUCUUGGAGAUGCUGCUGAAAACAGAGCUAUUAAAAGGCUUUUUAGAGAACACGCGUACUCUCUUGCUGUAUCGGCAACAAAAGGUGCAACUGGUCACCUAUUAGGAGCAGCAGGAGCAAUUGAAGCAGCUUUUACAGUACUCUCCUGCUAUUAUGGGACAUUACCUCCUACACUGAACCUGGAUAGAACAGAGCCUGAAUUUGAUCUUAAUUACAUCCCUCUUAAAGCACAGGAGUGGCCGCCUGUCAGAAGACGUAUAGCUUUGAGCAAUUCAUUUGGCUUUGGUGGUACUAAUGCCACCCUUUGUUUUGCAAGUGUAUGAUACGACUAUUAUUUUUACAGAGAAAAUACCAUUUUUUUUAAAUGAAUUGCUCCUUAUUCUCUUUUUCAGAGUGGCUACAACGGUAUUUAACAGUAUGUUUAGUCUAGUACUGAUAUUAGGAACAUGUUAAAAUGUGUAUUUUUAGCUUAAAUAUCAUUAAAUAUCAUUACUCCAACAAGUUUCCUGUUGGAUAAAUAUGAGAGCUUUUCUAUUUUCUUUAAGCCAUUCAUAUUUUCUUAUGGCUGCAUUGUGCUCUAAGAAAGUCUUUCUUUUUUUUUUUUUAUGGACAGCAGUGAUGUGACUUUGAACUAAGGUACCUACUUUGUAAAUCAUGUUAAUAGGUUUUUAUGCUAUUUAAAAUUACAAGCUCUAUUAAAGUAAAAUGAGCAUAUAUGAACUAACAUUUUGAAUAAUUAAAAAAGAAAGCACUUUGAUAGUAGUAGGCCUUAGUAUAAUGUCCCACUAAUCUGGAACAUCCUUGGUAGGAGAGCAGUGGAAUGCACCAUCUGACUUUAAAGGGACAGUAAAGUCAAAACUAAACUUGCAUGAAUGCAAUUUUAAACAACUUUCCAAUUUACUUUUAUCAUCAAAUUUUCACAGUUAGACUGUGCUAGUUCACAUGUGUCAUAUAGAUAACAUUGUGCUCACUCCCGUGAAGUUAUUUAGGAGUCUUCACUGAUUGACUACACUGCAUGUCUGUCAAAGGCACUUAGAUAAGGAGGCUGUCUGCAAAGGCUUAGAUACAAGGUAAUCACAGAGGUAAAAAGUGUAUUAAUAUAACAGUGUUGGUUAUGCAAAAACGGGGAAUGGGUAAAAAAGGGAUUAUCUAUCUUUUUAAAUAAGAAACAUUUUGGUGUAGACUGUCCCUUUAACUAAUAAAGCAACAAUUUGAAAUGCACAAA